UCCAGCGAUAUUCGAUAGCUGACCAAAAUCACGUAAUCGAUAGGGAAAUCGGUUGUGGGCCAGCCCUAGUGUUAUGCAAAACGCGUCUUGACAUUUUUGACGGCCGAUUUCUUAUUUUUUCAAUACAAAUUCUAUAGCCAGUCACCAUGGCCACGGCCGUGCCACAUGUGCCCCCUAAGCAGGACCUGCCUCCAGCCGGUGGCUACAAGAAGAUUCCCUUUGCCCGUGUGCCUCCCAAGAGCUACUUCACAGGCUUCACCAUGAUCGGCACUUAUGUGGCCGUCACCACCGUCGGUCUGGGCAUCUACUAUCUGACGGCUAAAAAGGUGAAGCGCGACGAGAUCGAGAUGCGUUCGGCUCAGAAUGUCAUCUUCCCGAUCCUGAUUGCCGAGCGCGAUCGUGAGUUCCUGCGCCAGCUGCGUCGCAACCGCGACGAGGAGGCCGAGCUGAUGAAGAAUGUGCCCGGCUGGGAGGUGGGCACCUGGUACGGCGAGCCCGUCUUCAAGACCCUGCCCGAGGACACCCUAGUGACGCCCAUCUUCAAGGAGUUCUAUGCCCAUGCCGACUGGAAGUCGUACGCCAAGCGUGCCCACAUCAAGCUCUGGUCGUAAGCCAAGGCCGAGUCGAAGCAGCGUACUGCUCCUUAGUUAAUGCAUAAUGUGAAGCUUUUUUGUUUAUAGAAUUGCCUAAGCGCGCCCGCUCAUUGCACUCAAUUACAAGUCGCGAGAUUGAUUGAAAUGUGGGAAAAAAA